AUGGAGAGUCGCUCUGAGGCUACAAUGGGCCCAACUUCGAUUCCAGCUGGUAUUCAUAAGCAAGGAAGCUCGGCGAUUGAUCGCAUGGUUGCAACAGAUCCACAGGUGGAUAUUGCACGCGAAAAGGAGCGUCAGGCAGAAGCUCAACCUGACCGAGAACCCGUAUCCGGAUUGGGACUUGUUAGCAGUGAGGGUGUUGAUGAUGGCGGAAGAGGGGCUCGAAGCCGGCAUGACUAUUCAAAUUCCUCAAGGCGAAAAGAGACAACGUUUGGUGACUAUGUCCUCGGUCAAACCAUUGGCGAAGGUGAGUUUGGAAAAGUUAGACUCGGCUGGAAAAAAGACGGUAGCGUGCAAGUUGCGAUCAAGUUGCUGCGAAGGGAGAGUCUCGGAAACAACCCGAGUCGCCUCCCGAAAAUCUAUCGCGAAAUCUCGAUUUUGAAAGAACUCUCACAUCCAAAUAUUGUGCGACUACACGAGAUGGCUGAGACAGACCGACAUAUUUGGCAUUGUUUUGGAGUAUGCGUCUGGAGGCGAAUUGUUCGACUACAUCCUCAACCACCGGUAUCUAAAGGACAACCCUGCUCGUCGCCUAUUUGCCCAACUAGUUUCCGGCGUAGGCUAUUUGCACAAGAAGGGAAUUGUUCACCGCGAUCUCAAGCUGGAGAACUUAAUGCUCGAUCGCACGGGAUAUCAUCAUCACCGAUUUUGGAUUCGCAAACACGUUCGACCCGUCCGAUGAACUGGGGAGUUCGUGAGGAGGAUGAAACUACACCGGCCCAAUGCGAAGGGCCUUAG